AUGGCCGACUCUGGCUGGUUUCAGCGAGACUCGCAGCAAUCCGAAGGACUGAACCUCAAUCUCGAGCUCUCUUCCAACAAUCCCUUUCGCAAUCGCACGGCGUCACCGUUUGACGACCCUCCAGCGCGACCCCUCUCGCGCAACCCUUUCAUCGACAACCCUCCGCCACCGGUGAGAUCGCCCGGCGCCAUGUCGAACAACUCGGAAGGAACCAAGUCCCUUUCGGCCGAGGAGAUUUUCAACUCAUUGACACUCGAAGACGAAAGGAACCUCAAACCCCCCAUGCGGCCAGCCCCAGCAUUGCCGACGGGCACUGACGGUGCAAACGAAGGGCCGGAGGGCAGCCGCCGUCAUCGACCAAUAGAUUCCCAAGAGGAGGCUGCGAGAGCCCGGAGGGCCCCACCGCCUGGCGUGCGACAAGGACCUUCCGCUUCGCCUCACAGGAGACCGCCUCCUCAGCAACGAAGACCACGUCGAAACUCCGAGUCAUCAGUUGCCGACUUUGACACCAUGCCCCUCACUGAGGACGAGAAACGCAUGAUAGCCCGUCGCCGCGAACGCGAACGCCAGAAGCGCGCAGAAGCUGGAGGUCGCCCCCCGCGUGAGCCUCGCGAUGCCGCUGAAGGAGGAGAGCGCCGUGAACGUCGUGAACCCCGCGAAACUCGCGAGCCUCGUGAGCCUCGUGAGCAACGCGACCCAAACCAGCGCAGCCGAUCUGGACGUCCCAAUAGACGCGUGGAUAUCAUUGAUCAGCUUGACGCCACCGGCAUUUACGGGACAGGACUAUUUCACCACGACGGGCCUUUCGACGCUCUCAACGCACACCGUAACCGUAAGGGUCGUCGGGCGCCGAUGCAAGCCUUUCCGGAGGGCUCCCUCAAUAACGCCCUCGGUGGUUCUGGGCCAGUGAACAGACAGCCCGACCACUCGUCUUUCUUGGGCCAACACGGAGAGGAAGCAUUCACAGACUACUCGUACAAGCCGGCUAAGAGCCGACAAGGGACAGCGCAACUGUUCGACCCCAUAGCGAGGGGUGAGAUUGUUCACGGAGACCAGAGCGAAGGGCUGGGCACCUCGACGUUCUUGGAGGGCACACCGGCAGCCAGGACCGCCAUUACCCGAACACGCGAGGAGCAGGCCCGCGACCAGGCAGAGAUGGGGCUGCAGCGCAAGAAGUCGCUCGCCCAACGCAUUCGACACAAAAACAAAGCCCCCCGAGAGUACCCGCCGGGUCGCGCAACCAACCCUGACGGCGCCGAGGAGGUCACCAGCGCUGGAGCUGUGGAGGCCAAUCCGUUCUUUGCAGAGUAUGGCAAAGGCGAAGAGAGCUUUACUGUGCGCUCCCGCGAAGGCGCAAUGUCGCCGACCAGCCCGCCUCGGCGGGGAUCUAGUGCUGCUCUGGAACGCAGGGCGACGGCCGACGGCGUUGUUGCCUUGGAAGAGAACAGCAAGCCCAGUGGCUUUCUAGGGAGGAUGAAAAGCUUGAAGGGCGGUCGCAGACCGCGCAACAGCAACGCGGACAGCGGUCCGGCCAGCCCCCCUGUCAAUCCAGGCACUGCCAUUUAG